AUGUUAAUACUACGAUAUGUGAACGAUUUAGUAAAAUUGAAUAAUGUCUAUGUAUGUCAACUAUUAUCAUUAUUUUCACAUUUAGCCGAAUUAUUAUCCGCAUGUUUCACUAUUCAUUUUACAGUUCAACGUUAUUGUGCUGUUAAAUAUCCAUUACAAACACCAUUAAAAAAUACAAAUUCAUUUAAUUCAAUUAUUCUUAUAUUAUCGACUCUAAUUGGUCUAACAUAUUGUUUAUUACUUGUUUACAAGAAUUCUAUUGUUCAAUGUUAUGAAGAACUAAGUUUAAAUUGGUUUAUAUCAGAUGCAUUACUAUCAUUUUUACUACCAUUUGCAUUAAUUUCAUUUUUUAAUCAACUUAUCAUUCGACAAAUUAGACAACAUUCACUAUCAACCAUUUCUCAUUCAUCAUCGUACUAUGAUACAUGUCAAAAGAAUAAUGAACGACGAAAUAAAUAUUUUUACUAUACGAAAAAUUCGAUGAGUCAACGUUUUUCAAAAUCAUUUAGAUCAAUAAGUUCCAAUCAAUAUUCAAACUCAUUAGAAUUUUUAAAUCAUUCAAAACAGCAUUUUAUAAGAAAAACCGAAUCAUUUGAACAUUUAAAAUAUACAAAAAGUUCACGACGAAGAACUCGUUCAUUAGUUUUAUUACGUGCCGUGAAUCAUCGAUUUCAAAUACGUUAUCAAAAUUACUUGAUUAAAAAUAAUAUACGUAUCAAUUAUAAAUCAUCACCAUUAUCCUCUCAUCAGAAACAAAAAUAUGCGACAAAUUCAAGACACAUUACUCGAUUAUUAAUUAUUAUUUCAACUAGUUUUCUUUUGUUAAAUUUUCCAUUUCACUUUUGUACAAUAGGUUUAAAAAUCUAUACGAUUUAUACUGAACGAAUGCAGAUACAACUAACAGCAUCAUCUACGAACAAUUCAACAACGAUAAACGGACAAUCAUUUAAUAUAAAAGUAGCCGAAUGUUGGUAUCUAUCAAUAUUAAUUGCACAGCUUCUAUCAUUUUCAUCAUAUUCUAUUAAUUUUUUUCUGUAUUCAUUUUGUGGUACUCAAUUUCGACGUAAAUUAUUUCAAUUUAUAAUUUUAAAAAAGUCACCAUAUUUAUUAUAA